UGUAAUCGCACUUCGAUUGGUUAUAUCCCACCAAUCCGCAAAGGUCGUAUAAUUCGGUGGUCAAGCAUUGAGGAAUUGUAGCCUUCCCUUCGACGAAGAUGCUUCUCUCUCGAGCGCUGUCGCGGGCCCAAGGGUCCACGUGGAUGCAGCUGCAGAAGCAUGCUGCAAUGUCUAGCACCUCGGCUGCUGCAACCACGACAUCUGCUCCUGCUUUGGAGCUGAAGCCGUGGACGCCCGAAUCGAAGCGCACGGGUCUCCUCGCAGUCAAGCAGGGAUGCAUGCACAUCUACGACGACUGGGGCAUGGCCCAUCCUGUCACCGUGCUCCAGGUGGAAGAAUGCCAAGUCACUCAAGUCAAAACCAAGGAUGUGCACGGCUUUAGUUCAAUCCAGCUCGGUGUCGGUCUCCGCAAGGAACGCAACGUAACGAAGCCCGUGUUGGGCCACCUCGCCAAAGCUGGUGUCCCCGCUAAGCGUGAAUUGCAUGAGUUCCGAGUCUCGGACGAUGCUCUCAUCCCUGCUGGCACCACGCUGAACGCGCUGCACUUUAGCCCCGGCCAAUACGUCGACGUGUGCGGCAAGUCCAAGGGGAAGGGUUUCCAGGGUGUGAUGAAGCGCCACAACUUUGCUGGGCAGCCUGCGUCGCACGGUAACUCGUUGGCCCAUCGUGCUAUGGGUUCUGCCGGUCAAUGUCAAGACCCCGGCAAAGUGUGGAAGGGCAAGAAGAUGCCUGGGCGCAUGGGGAACAAGCGCGUCACCCGCGACAACUUGUGGAUUCUCAAGAUCGACCCCCAACGUAACCUGCUGUACGUGAAAGGAUCGGUCCCUGGCGCCCCCGGCGGCGUCGUUCGCGUCACGGACGCUCGCAAGAAAAAGUUUGACGAAGCGGCGACCCCGCCAUUUCCAACCUUUGUCUUGGCCAAGGGCGAAUCGUUGCCGCCGCCGACGCUCGCGCCCAAGGCCGAGGUGGAUCCGUACAAUUAUGAAGAGCAGUAGACUAAGUAAAACCAGCACACCUUUGCCAA